AUGCCGGUGAAGCUCGCGUCACCACCGCCGCCGCCUGGGCCCUCGCUCGCGAACGUGGCCACCUCCAACAAUACUACCGCCACCACCGCCGUGCCCUCUGCUGGUAACUUGUCGGUACCACAGUUGCGCGAUGUGGCCGGAUAUAUUAAUCCGUCGGUUUCAUUGACGUCAGAGGCUAGAUCUAAUAAUUCGAUUUUACUUUCGACCGCUCAAGUAUUUGCAAAGCCGCAGGGGAGAAUGGGGCGAGUUGUAGUCAGGUGUCUUAUUGAUAAUGGUUCACAGAAUAAUUUGAUUACUGUUGAAUGUUGCCGCAAAUUAAACUUAUCGAUUGUACCGUUAUGUAAUUCGUUUGUUAAGGGUGUUGGUAUGUCGUCUCGACCUAUUCAUGGCUAUGUUUAUGUUGAGAUUGAGUCUCGCUUAUCUACUGAAUAUAAAUAUAAGAUAUACGCUUUAGUUGUAGAUUGUAUAACGGAUGAGUUACCUUCCCGCUUUAUAAAAUUAGAUAAUGAUUUAAGAUAUUUUGAUAAGUUACCGCUCGCCGAUUUGACUUGGAAUAUUCCAGGUAACAUCGACAUUAUAUUGGGUGCACAGUUAUUUCCAUACAUUUAUUUGGGAAAUAAAUUAGAUAUUGGACCGCGUGCCCCACCCGCCUUAUCUACUGUUUUUGGUUAUGUUUUUAUGGGUGACUAUCCUUCUCAGAAAAAUGAUAACAUCGCGCGUUUGUGUACUAAGACCGCUUCGCUUAAUGAAUCGACCGCUUCCGCUGAAUUUAAUUGUAAUGUCACUACCGCUUCUUUUAUCUCGCUGAAUUUAAAUGAUUUAAUUCAAAGAUUUUGGCAACUUGAAGAAUUACUGCAAUCUGAAUUUUUAUCGCCUGAGGAAACGGAAUGUGAGAAUUUGUAUACUUCCACUGUGACUCGGGACGAUACCGGCCGUUAUGUUGUCUCUCUCCCUUUCUGUAAAGUGCCGUCAGAGCAUGGAAACUCUCGUGCUGUUGCAUUGCGUCGACUAUUGGCCUUGGAGAGGAGAUUUCGACAAGAUGUUAAGCUAAGAGAUAAUUAUAACAAGGUUAUACAAGAAUAUAUGGAUAACGGGUAUUUGAGUUCGAUCUCGGAGUCCGAAGUUUCGGAUACAGGUUAUUAUAUACCGCAUCAUGCUAUCGUUCGUUCCGACAAGCCUAUGCCGCGUGUUGUGCUUGACGCUAGCGCGAAAACUCAUACGGGAUUAUCGUUAAAUGACGUUCUUCAUGUUGGUCGUAACAUGCAAACCGAUUUGUUUCUUUUGUUAUUAGAAUUUCGAUUAUUCCCUGUCGCUAUGAAUGCUGACAUUAAACAUAUGUACCUCCGCAUUGGGGUUUUUAAGGAUCAACGCAAAUACAUACGAAUAUUAUUUAGAUUCAAUGAAAAUGAAAAUAUCUGCACAUUUGAAUUUAACUGCGUUCCUUUCGGUCUCAAGUCAAGCCCAUUUUUGGCAAUGCGCACAGUGAGACAGCUGGCUUCAGACAUGAGUCCCACUUCCCAGAAGCUGCUAAAAUUGCAGAAUCGAGUCUGUACACAGAUGACCUAG